AUGGAACAGAUCCAGUUGUUUGAGGAUGGAGAGAGGGAUUACACCAAGAUCGAGGGCGGCACUGGUCCCCUUGUGUACCCAGCUGCCCAUGUGUGGAUCUAUCGCGUCCUGUACGAAUUGACAAGCCAUGGAAAGGACAUCUACCUGGCCCAGAAGCUGUUUGCUGGUCUCUACCUGAUCACAGUGGGUCUUGUGAUGGCCUGCUACCUCAAGGCCAAGGCUCCUCCCUAUGUCCUUCCCCUACUCAUUCUGUCCAAACGUCUUCAUAGCAUCUUCAUGCUCCGCUGCUUCAACGACUGCUUCGCCGCAUUCUUCCUCUGGGUCUCCAUCUUCCUAUUCCAGCAUGGGUCGUGGCUGUCUGGGAGCCUCAUCUACAGCUGGGGUGUGGGCAUCAAGAUGUCUCUGCUCCUGGUCCUCCCUGCGGUGGGCAUCCUGAUUUUCUUCACUCAGGGAAUUGUAGGGACUGUGGCUACCUUGGGAUCCAUGGGCGCACUGCAGGCCCUCAUCGCAGCACCUUUCCUCCAGUUCCCUUGGUCCUACUUGUCCCGAGCCUUCGAGUUUUCCCGUCAGUUCUUCUUCAAGUGGACCGUCAACUGGCGCUUCGUCGGGGAGGACAUGUUCCUCAGCAAACAGUUCUCCUACACCCUGCUCGCAUUGCACGCCUCCGUCCUGCUGACGUUCCUAUUUACCCGCUGGCUACCUCCUACGGGCAAGACGAUCCCGGACAUCCUCAGGGCAACCCUGGGCCGCCCAGGGCAGGGACAAAACUGGGGGCCGCUGUGCAAGAGAUUCAGCCCCAGCUACAUUCUGACCACUAUCCUCACUUCCAACGUGAUCGGCCUCCUCUUUGCUCGGUCCCUGCACUACCAAUUCUACGCCUAUCUCGCCUGGUCCACACCGUACCUGCUUUGGCGGAGCGGCCAGCACCCGGUCCUGCAGUAUGCCCUGUGGGCCGUGCAGGAGUGGGCUUGGAAUGUCUUCCCGAGCACGCCAGUCAGCUCGGCCACGGUUGUCGCGGUCAUGGCAGCCACCGUGGGGUUGGUCUGGUUUGGCACGGCGGGUGAUGUUGUGUCGUCGUCGGCCCGCGAGCCCCUGCAGACAUCGGUAAAAGGUGAUGUCAAGACGCAGUAG